AUGAUUGCAAAAGAAAAAGCACAAGUUGUCUAUAGAAAAUUGGACGAGAAAUGUUUGCAACAAUUUGGAUUCCACCUCAAAGAUGUGACGUUCACUAAGAUAGUGGAUUAUAUGUACGCUCCGAAAGACUCGUCCAGCUUAGCCAUUACCAGGAUUUUAUUCGGUUUGGCAAUGCUGUUUGACAUACCGGAUGAGCGUGGUGGCGCUAGCAUGGUGCAACGUUGGGGCAAUCCCAAAAUAUGCCACUUCCCUCUGGUCCCGAUACUACAGCCGAUUCCGUUGCCCUACAUGGCCCUCGUGUAUGCUGCUCUAUGGUUUGGUGCUUUAGGUAUAAUGCUUGGAUACCACUACACGAUAGCCGGUCCCAUGUUCACUAUUUGCUAUUGGUACCUGUUCCUCAUAGAGAAGAGCUACUGGAACAAUCAUAGCUAUCUCUUCGGACUUGUAGCGCUGUUAAUCAGUUGUACUGAAGCUAAUUGUUACUGGUCUUUAGACGUCAAGCUACAACAUACAAAGAAGAAGUCAACAGUCCCAUAUUGGAAUUACUUCAUACUAAAAUACCAGUUCUUCAUCUUGUACUUCAUGGCUGGCAUGAAGAAAGGAACCGCCGAGUGGCUCACUGGGUAUUCAGUACAGAACCUUAGCGAACACUGGGUCUUUGAUCCUUUUAAGUACUUUCUCACGGUGCCUCAAACAGAUUAUAUAGUGGUGCACUGGUUCGUAUUUAUAUUCGAUCUUACCGUCGCCAUAUGGAUGAUGUGCGCGUACACCAGGCACGUGGCGAUGGUGUUUUGUGCGCUGUUCCAUCUUAUGAACAGCAGACUCUUCAGAAUUGGUAUGUUCCCCUGGGUUUGUUUGGCUACUAUGCCUUUGUAUUAUCCAUUCGACUGGCCGAAAAGAAUCGCAUCUUAUACUAAAACUCAUUACAUCUGUAUUAAAAACUGCAUUUCAUCUAAAAUUACUGAAUUAAUACAUAACUACAUUUACUUAUCAUCUGAUGCGUAUGGUGCUAAAGACGCAAAGGAUUAUAACGAAGUACAAAGUGAAAAUCUUAAAGACAAUACCAAUGAGUUGAUAAAAGGAACUAAGUAUGAUAAUAUUAAAGAAAUUCCAAAAACAAAAGAAGUAAUAGAAAAUAGAGAUGCAACAACAACAAUGCAGCAAAAGGAAUUGCCAGAAAUGAAAGAUGUAGGCACUGACACAGAUGCCAAUGAUGACAGUCUAAAAAAAAAGAGAACGAUAUAUCUAAUUGCGUUGUAUGUUCUUCUUCAAGCGUUUCUACCGUUUUCACAUUUUAUAACUAAGGGUUACAACAACUGGACCAAUGGUCUUUACGGCUAUUCCUGGGACAUGAUGGUACACACUUGGGACAGCAGCUCCCUAGUUGUCAAAGUCAUAGAUAACAACAGUAAAACAGAAGUAUAUAUUGACUCUCAACAUAACACUCCCAAUGACAGAUGGUCAAGGCACGGUGACAUGAUAUACCAAUACGCUCAAUGUCUGAAGGAAAAUAUUGAAAUGCACUCGUCAGAAACCAAUAGCGACGAUCCAUCGCAAUUUACAAAAAAGAAUAUCUCCAUAUAUGUAGACAUAUGGUGCUCAAUGAAUGGCAGAUUUUUCCAAAGGAUGUUUGAUAGUAAAGUUGAUUUGUUGAAAGCGUCCUGGACACCUUUUAGUAAAGUUUCUUAUUUGAUGCCUUUGCUGGAUGAAGGUAAAGACUGGAGGAAAAAUUUAGAUGUUAUUAGUAAAGAAGUGCAUUCUUGGAGUAAUAACAGCGAUGUUGUUUUCUUUGCUGAUUUUCCCGGCUAUGAUCAAGAAAAAUACAUUCCACCAGACUUCACAAAUGUCACUCUUACUAUUCUUGAAGGAACGGUAGCAUACGAGCCCGAGGUCCUCGAGAACCGAAUUGGACAGUCCUAUAAACUAACCAGCAGAGAACACAUUAAAGUUCCUUCUGGCACAUUACAUAAAGUAUUAAAUAUUGGUGCAAACCCUGCUUUUUAUAUGUAUACCUUUUUCAACGAAACUGAAAACAAUAUUGAGAAAGAUUUGCCUAAAAAGAACUGGACGGUUGCAUUUUACUACGUAGGGGUGUAUAUGGCUUUCAUUUUCGGCGGCCAGUACUACAUGCAGAACCGGCCAAGAUUUGAACUACGGCGCACGCUAAUGAUAUGGAAUUGUUCUCUAGCCGCGUUCAGCAUCAUGGGUGCAUGUCGAACGCUUCCUGAAUUCAUCCAUGUUUUACGAAACUACGGUAUAUAUCACUCGAUCUGUGUGCCAAGUUUCAUCGAACAAGAUAAGGUGUCCGGAUUCUGGACAUGGAUGUUCGUCCUCUCGAAGCUACCAGAGCUGGGAGACACGGUGUUCAUCGUGCUACGCAAGAAGCCUCUGAUCUUCUUGCACUGGUAUCACCACAUCACCGUGCUACUGUAUACCUGGUACUCGUUUACAGAGUACACUUCAUCUGCGCGCUGGUUCGUCGUCAUGAAUUACUGUGUGCACAGUGUCAUGUACUCAUACUACGCGUUGGUGAGCAUGGGCAAGUACCCACCAAAGAUGCUGGCGAUGACGAUCACCUUCCUACAACUCUCGCAGAUGAUCGUGGGAUGCGCGAUCAACAUCUGGGCACACAACUACAUGACCAGCUCCAACCAACACUCGUGCCACAUCAGCCAAAUCAACAUCAAGCUUUCAAUGGCCAUGUAUUUCUCAUACUUCGUAUUAUUCGCACAGUUCUUCUACAAAGCAUACUUGUCCCCCAAAACGAACAAAAAAGCCAAAAUUGAACCGAUCCCCGAUGUUCCAAUUAAAAAGAAUAAUUAUAACAAUGGUUACCCGCGACAAAGGAACGGCGUCGUCGCGCACUAG